AUGCCAGGAGGGAAGAAGAAUACUGUAUAUAGAAGAAAGCGGAAAGGAAAGCCUUUUACUGGAGUGCAGAGAUACGCAAGGAAAGCGAAGAAAAUGCCGCGUGCGGAUAGAGAAGUCACAAACUCAGCAUCGAGUUCCUCGUGUGAUGAGGCUCUGUCAGAUGCCGAAAGUGCUUCCAUCAGUGCUUCGAGACUCAAAAUGAGACCAGAAGAUUCACCAGAUAGUUCAUCAAAGAUUUCUGAUGUAAAUGAUUUUCAGGGAGAGGGAUACAGACUUGUAGACCUCAAGAAAUUAUAUGCCACGUUGUCUGAAGCACAUGUGUGCGAGGAAGUGUCUGUUGUGUGGUAUGUGGUGAAUAAAUUUUGUGCUACUGGAACAAAUACUUAUGAAGCAGGUGACUGUUUGCCUGAAGUGUUCUUUGAACUGCUGAAGCCAACAUUCAUCACACUUAGUGAAACUAAGCUGCUCCAAAGGUGUGUGCGUGGCGCCACCCAAAAUCGCAAUGAAUGCAUCAACGGACUGGUGUGGGCACGCUGCCCAAAACACAAGCAUCAUGGUGCCAAGGUGAUUAGAUGUGCAGUUGCUUCUACUGUGUGCCAUUUUCAUAGUGGAGCUGCCAGCAGAGCAAGAAUAAUGCAGAGACUGGUAAUUCCAGCAGGGGAGUACACUCAGAAGGCCUCAGAAGAAAAGGACAAGAGGCGGUUGAGAAAAUCGGACCUUCAGACCUCUGCUAAAGAAAAGAAGCGCCGGCAAGGAGAGCAAAUGAGGCGCACACGCAGAGAAGAUGCCCUACGGGAGGCUGAUGGUGAUACCUAUGAACCUGGAGGCUUCUAAGUGACUGAAAGAAACAUUUGCUAUGAUAUUGGAUAGUUCAUAGCCAUGCAAAUUUGUGCAGACAAUCUUCGUUUUAGCUUUUUAACUUUAAUCGCACUUUUCUCAAAAUGUGCAUUUUGCGCAUUCUAGAAAACAUAUCUCAUAGAGGAUUUAACCAAUUGACUUGAAAUUUUCAAUGUUUAUUGCUUUCAAAGAGUGUCUGGGAAUGAGCAAAGGGUUUUUCUGUAGCUUUACUUUGUCAAAAGUUACAAAGAAAAUUGUGGUGGAAAUUCACCCCAAAAAUUUUGCUUUACUUUAACUGGAGGCUGGAACCAAAGUUUUUUAUAUUUUUUAAAACUCUAUGCUCAUCCCCAUGAUUAGCCUAUAUACUAUAUAGUUAUAAAAACAAAUCAGAGCUAGCUGCAUUCCAUAUCAAGAUUUCUUUUCUAGAGUACAUGUGGGUUGUGCACAGUAUGGGGUAACAAUAUUUUGCUGGUAUCAGGUUACAAAUAAACUGUGUGCAGAAAUAAUUGAAAAAACUGAAAUCUGUGAUUCAUUAGCUUUUCAGUGAUAUAUGGUUUUAUAUGGUUUAACUAAAAACUGUGGAUGUGACAAGUCAUUGAAAAAAGGGGUCUUUUUUAGGUUAAGUCCCA